CCAAAUAAACCGGAUGUUGUCUGAAUGUCAAAGAUGGCGCUCCGCAUGUCACGGUGAAUUCUCAAGGAAAAGCUCGCGUGAAAUCCGUCAUCUGUUUAAGGACAUGGCGAGCUGCGUGCUGUGCGGCGGCCCGUCGACUACACUUUGAGAGUUGGUGCAUUUUAUGACGUAAAAAACCGCUGCAGGAGAAGAUGGCUUCCAGUUUACGGCUUUUGUUGGUACAAAUUCGACGUCCGGUUUCGGCUGCUAAGCAGACUGCUCGGUGUGUGAGUCGAGCGGCCUCUCAGCCGGAGCCCAGCGCGGAGGAAAACGAAGCAGUGAACCCGACCUUCGUGAACAGAAACCCCCGGAACCUGGAGCAGCUGGCUCUGGCCGUGAAGGACCGCGGCUGGAACACCAUCUGGCCUCGCCGGGAGUUCUACCACAGGUUGGAGUUUUCUCGCACCCAGCAUCAUGUGACGGCACACGUGUUCUCCAGCAGCUCUACCGUCCCGGUGCUGUCCUGCUCGACUAAGGAGUGGGCGCUGAAGAAGGAGCUGGCUUCCACAAACUGCGUGGCAGCGUGUCAGGCUGUGGGCGAGGUGCUGGCACAGCGGUGCCAACAGGCUGGCAUCACCAGGAUGGUGUACAGGGCGAUUCCCUGGACGUACCGCUCCGACGCUGUGCAGUCAUUCAGGACGGCAAUUAAAGGGGGAGGAAUCAUCCUCAGUGAACCAAGAAGAAAAUACGUUGAUACCUGAAUUGAUGCGUCAUCUGUUGUUAUUUUAAAAUCUUCUAUGUACCUCUGCUCUUUUGUGACUGAAUACUGUAGUUAUUAAGAUGACCAGUAUAACUGACAAUAUAAAGAAGCAAAAUGCGUGACAAAGGUAA